AUGUCCUCUCAGUGCAACAUCUCUCACUACGAACCCAAGCAUGCAAUCGUUCGUGACCUACGAGAUUACAUCUUCCGUUCACAAGAAAGAGCUAGAGCAUUCAGAUUUGCGAUCUCAUCUGCUCGUGCGAAAGAAAAUAGCGGACAGAAAGAGAUGAAUACAGAGGGCGUCUAUGAUCUUGAUGAUUACCUGCGCUACUGUGAUGACCUCCUGAGAUGGGCUCCAGACGUCUCUAGCCCUGGCGAUACACUUCUCCGUAAGCUGCUUAUAUUUUAUUGGGUUUUCGAGCAGCCAUCUCUCAGAUAUUUGCAAGCUCCUAUUCUCCCGUCUACUUCAAACACCCAUCUAUCCUGGCUUUCAUACUGGCUCGUCAGCUAUGCCCGUGAAGUGGGACAUUGGAUGGAUACUAGCGAACAUGAUAAAGAUCUCUGGGAGAAGCCCACUCACGGAAAAUGGAGAUCAUUUAAUGAGUUCUUUCCCCGCCGCUGGGCCGAUAUUAAUGUUGGCCAUCCAAUCGCUGUCGAAGGUGAUGAUACGGUGAUUGUACACAGCGCUGAUUCGACGUUCGGCGGUAGUUGGAAUAUCAAUGACGGGUUUGUCAAUAUCAAAGAUCAUGCUCCCGUUGCGAAGGGGGUUAAGUGGCCUGUUGAGGCGCUACUUCAGCGAUGUGGACCAGACUUCAAUAAUGGUAGUCUGAUGCACGCAUUCCUAUCGCCGUACGAUUAUCACCGCCUGCAUGCCCCCGUCAGCGGGAAGAUUGUGGACAUCAAGAACAUCCAAGAUCAGGUCUAUUUUCAAGUCACAAGGAAGAGAGAAAGUGACAGGCUUGUCCCUGACAGAGGACUGACGCGUGAUCCUGAAGAAGUUUCUCGGCGUCAGGAUAAGAGAAAGACGGGACUAAGAGAGCUGGAUUCUCCAGAUGACGCGGGCUAUCAGUGGUGUCAGACCCGUGGCCCUAUCAUCAUCGACACAGUUGUUUACGGCAAGGUCGUUGUGUUGCCGAUCUAA